UAACUGCCGUUCGGUCCUUCCGCGGAGGGACAUGUUUCCAGGGGACUAGCUGAGGUAGCACAUCCUGUGUGCGCUGGGAUACCAGUCCGUGUUCAAGGCUUUAAUAGUUUUGUUUACAAAAUGGAUGAAUAUAAAGCCUGUAACCUGGACUAUUUUCCGGAAAAUAUCUUAAUUGAUGUCUUGUCGUUUUUGAGCGUACGAGAGGUUGUCAGAGCCGGGAGAGUGUGUAAGAGAUGGAAACGUCUCGUUAAAGACCAAAGACUGUGGAGACUUGUGGAUCUGACUACAUGGAAAGGGGUAACAUCCCGCAUACUCUGGCUCCUGCUGCGUCAGUACCUGGGUUGUGGUCUACGGUGCCUGCGGUUGCGUGGUUUGCUACUUUCUGCCCGAGGAGGAACCUUUCUGUCUGAGUCUUGGCUAAAAGCUUUGUCCACAAAGUGCCCUCGUCUGAGUAAGCUCUAUCUUCUGCACGCAGACCUGCGAGGCCUCCCCAGUUGCCAGCUCCUCCCUCCAUCUUUGCAGAUCCUGGAGCUGCGUGGCUGUGAGCUGCCGCGAGAAUUUUUCAACCAGACUUCCCCUGCUAGUUCCCAAGAAACACCAGAAGCCACGUCCAGUGUUGGUGCUCAACAGAAAAUAAGGGAUCAGAAAGGAAAAGGGCAAGCCUCUCCAUCAGGGAUUGGCAUUGAUACGUUAGUCCUCAACAACGUGCCCUCUUUCACAGACCAGCAUCUGCAGAGUCUGACAACAUGGGAGAGGCUCAGGCGCUUGGAGCUGCGCGACACCUUUCGUGUAACAGCAAACGGGCUCAGGAGCAGUGCUGCCAAGGAGGGCGUCUGUGGUGUGGAAGGGCUCUCCAGACUCAAGUUUCUGGAAAUAGGCAUCACUGGGCGGCAAGGCUACCAGUUACAGAUGGCCUCCCUCGGUCUGGGGGCAGGAUGGCUGGGCCUGGAGGAGCUGAGUCUAGGGGGUAAGGAGGUGGGGCCGGGCCUGCUCUGCGCCAGCCGUCUGAAGGACCUGAAGUGUCUGUGCCUGUGGGCCUGCACGCUCAGCAAGAUGCAGAUAGUGCGGAGCUGCAGGAUGCUCCGUGGACUCCGCCAGCUGGAGUUUUUGGACGUGAUCUUCCAGCCUCCACAGUGUCCACCUGUAGUGGAGGGAGAGGGUGGUGGUGGAGCAGGAGAAGAGCAGGACAAUGAUGAAGCAGCAGGUGGAGAUAACAGUAAUGAUGAGAACAGGACACUAGAUGCAAACGAUCCCAUACCCAGUUUGCGUCGCUCACUGGCUGCCCUGCUGCCAUCAUGCACUGUAGUUUUCACCAACUGCUCUGUUCAGAUUAAUCCAGACUAAAUCUCUACUACUACUACUUCAUUAUACAGGCAGUAGCAAAUAGAGAUACAGUUCCCUUUCACAAAAGCACAUGUCAUUUUAUGUAGCGUUAUAAAUACAACAAACAACUUCAGUUUUUAUUAUUGUGUCAUGCGUAUACAGUAUGUAUGAUACAGGUUCCAGAUAUCGGAAUCAGAUCUUUUAAUUUAUACAUUUUAAAAAGCAUCGCUGUCAAAACAUUUACUGUAUAAUACUGAUGAAAUUGUAGUAAACUAUACUGAAAAAAGUCCACCAACUGGCCUACUUGUCCAGGCUUUUAAGACUGUUUUGCCACCUUUUAAUAAUCUGUCAACCUCAAAAGCCAGAGGAGUGAAAUCUGAUUUCAAGAUUGCAAAUAAAAAAUUGUUGGCUUCUUUGUAAGCAAAAUGUUUAAUAUGAUUCAGGGACAUAAUUUGUUUAACAUCCAUACAUAUCUAUUUGUUUUUAACAGAAUAUUUUCCAAACAUUGUUCUUCAAACUUGAAUAAAAGCUUGCUUUUUUUUUUUAAUGGUGCUAUAUAUUGUGAAGUACGUUAUAAAAACCGUUAUGGAAAAAUUAUGAAACUGUCACAGCUAGAGGGUGAAGCCACAAGCAGGCGUAUAACAGGAGCGUACCGCUGGCACCUGUUUCCUGUUCCUUCGCUUCACAAUGUAUACAAUCAGAAAAAACAUCAACAUCUGAUACAAGCAGGCGUUUGGUUUUGGUUUGACAGCAAAACAGCAAGGGAUAUUUAAAUGAGUCUUUAACAAGUCCCAAUUCUGUUUCACUUUUAUUUGUAGAAAUAAGAAAUGGUAAUUGUUAAUGUCUGUUUGAUGUGUUAUUGAAAACCAUUAAUGUAUUAUUGGGAAAGCCAUUGCCUAUACAAUAGUGGAAAACAUGGAAGAUGUAUGUCUUUGAAAUGAAUUGUGAUGCAUUGGUACCAACCAUUUUCACUUUAACACUGUAGAAUACAUAUUAGAAAUUGUUCAGAAUAAAACUAUUUUGAACAAAUACA